AUGGCUGAGUUGCUCCAGCCCCUGACUUACUCGCCGCCUCCCAGAAGCCGUGGAAACUACGAGCCCGCACCACCCCCAGCAACUAACCCAGCAACUGUUACAACAACUAGCAACAUCUUUGAAGGGUCCGAAGAGCCCAAAAUAUAUUACCCCAAGGAGAAGAAGGGCACCGACAGAGAACCGGAUUCAGCGCCGCUUCUGCCAAGAUGGGACUCCUUCUCUGAGGUGCUAGGCGAACCUUCUCGAGCAGUGAGGAAGCCUUCCAUUCACUCGCAUCACGACCACUACAUGGAGCUAGAAACUUCUCCUGGAGAAGACUCCAACGUGGUGGAACAGUCGGCGCCCAGAGCUGAUUCUUCUAAAAAGGUUCCACAGGACUUACCAGUCGAAGGAACUGCUCAGAAUGAAAUCCUUUCGCACCUCAAGGCCCUCGCCGGGGACGUUGCUGCUAUUAAAAUCGAACAGAUAAGAAUCAAAAAGCAGCUCGAAGACACCAAUAAUUAUCUAAAAGCUUUCUCGGGAAAGCCGCAGCAACUGGAAAGUGAGGCAGGCAUUAGGAGCCUUGCAUCGUACGAAGAAGGUAUCACCAAUCACGUCACCCAGGUAGCUGGAGAAUUUAAUGAAGCAGUGGAAUCGGUUGCCAUAACCUUGGCGAAAAUCAGUGACAAUACGGCAAACACCAUCUCCGCAAAUCCAGCAUCCAGAGAAAGCGAUGAUCUAAAGUGGUCUGAUGCUGUGGAACAAGGGUUUCACGAUACUCCUGCUGGUAUUCCGAUUACCACAUACAUAACCCCUGUUGAUCAGGGUAGACCAUCAACUGUACAAGGUACAGAAAGAAUGGGGGAAAACGAUGUUGGCAAAGAGAAUGUUGGAGGACCAAUGGGAAGAAGACGUUCCCAGACAAGCCCUUCGGUGAGAGGGGAUACGGCGCAGGACCAAGGUCAACAACAAUUUAGUAAUUGGCACGGCCCACCAACGAGCCAGAAAAGGGGUUUCUGGAAACGUCACAACGGUGGAAUGAGUCGACGUGGCAGCGCGAGCGGGAGUGGCAGCAGGAAAUGUGAGAAGCUCCAAGGCAUUCGUUUUGCACUCCGCAAAAAGUUGCUAACUUUUUGCCACACAGUUGCGACCCCAAACUCUACCGGACAGCAACAGCCAGUGUCAGCUGCUUCGCAGGUGUAUACACAUGGCGGCUAUGAAGCACAAUCCCAAAUUCAACCUUCCUCCCGCAAUCCAGGAACACAUGGUGUUCAUGCGCACGCUUCUGGGCAAUACAGAGGAUACCCUCACCGUCAAUUUAGCAUGAGGCACAACCAGACCUCCACGCGUGACGGGGCAGUGCCUUCAAACCGGAGUUACAUGCCACAUCGCGAUUUUAGCCCCAAUUACGGAUCGCCUCCAGGACACCCGGGGCAGGGAUACUCCCAAGUAGGCUUUCAUCGUUUUCAUGGGACCCAAAACGUCGGCAGCAGUCCUGAGGUCGGGCAAUGGCCUGCUGCCAACACUGAGUUCAACGCGCAUAGGCCAUGGGCAGGCGUUUCGAAUUGGUACCACCAGGUGAAUCCUCAGGGAAAUAACGAUAUGCAAGGCCCACCAAACUAA